AUGCUCCCGCAGGAUCCAAACAGCGGACACCACGAUCUUGGUUCCAUUCAGCCACAGUUUCUCGUUGACAGUGACACUAACUGUACUUCGCCUACAAAACCAAGCAACUGGAUCAAAAUUGCGUAUUAUGAAGAAAGCAAGUUUGUUGGAGACUUUGUGUCUCACAUUGAUCCAGUGACAGUCGACGGGGGAUGUUCUCCAUUUGACAAUGGCAGGUUCUGUUUGCGCUCAAGAAGUCAUCUUGAACGAAAUCAAAAAGCUUCAAAUCUCCUCAACCACAUUGGUCGAGGAAUUGAAAUCCGCAAGGAGAACUUUGAGUUUAUCUUGCAAAAUAACUCGCCCUAUGGCAUCUUCAUUCAAAGCAUGGAAUGGAAUCUCCGUGAAAACAAAGAAAUCGGAGAAAUAAGAAAGCUGCAGCCGGGAGAGAAGAACGCCAUCUUUUGUAUCUAUAAUUUUGCUAACCACCUUCAAGAACGCGUGCAUUCUAUCUUCAGUCCCGACACUCCCAGAGCUGAUUCUUCUGUACCAGUCUCAUCUUAUCAACAGGUUGCUAAUAUGGGGAACAUGUGCGUGGUUCGAUGCAGUUUCAUAAAAGGAUGGGGUAAGAAUUACACAAGGCAGCUUGUCACAGAUUGUCCUUGCUGGAUAGAAAUCAGCUUCCUCAAAUGCUACGAGUGGCUCGAUAAGGUCAUGAACCAAAUGGGUCCCCCUGAUGGCCGCGGCCCAACAUCAACCUCCUGA